GCGAAACACUUUACUUUCGCACCUCGCGACAAGGUCCAGCAGUCUAUUGCCCAUUUGGGCAACGCUUGACUCGAAGAUUGGCGAUAGAACGCUACCUCUACUUCUUCUCCACACAAGACGUCCAAGUACACCGGCCGAUGAUCCAUGACCCUUUCAUACUUUAUGUACUAUCGCAGAUUAUUUCCCUCAGCCUUCAGCACCAUGACACAAUCAGCACUGCCGCCGCGCCGCCUUGGUUAUUGGCAUUCGGGUCAUUGUCUCGUCCCCCUCGUCGGCGAUCGAUGCAUCACGCACCAAGUAUCCAGCCCAUAUCAUCUUCUGACUUUUCCCGUGCGGUAUUCCCAGACCAACUGAGAGAGCUGCCAAAGGCUGCUGUUGUCAUCGUUGGUGCGAAAACGCCAUGGAGUAAAAAUCACUACGGGAUCUACGGAAACCGGGUUGUCCGUACUGGCAGUGGCACGAAUGGGUCGGCGAGCGAGGAUCAAGGCGACAGAAAAUUCGAGUCUCAAACUAACAAAUCCUCAUCAGACCCGAUGUGCUCAGGUCUGCGCUUGGUUGGCGCACUACGAUACUUGUCCAGGUCGGCCCAGAACUCUGAAUUGGUGAUGGCGACCUGCAGGCUCCCAGCUGAGCCUGGAAUCCCCUUGGAUCCCUCGUUGAGGCCCGAACCUUAGUCACCCUGGGAUAUCUCUCGUCAUCAUUUCGCCUUCCAGAAGUAAACCGUGUCCGCUGCAUCAGAAGACCAUGGACGCCGAUGGACAAUUGUCAGCACACGAGGUGAUGAGUUGUGUUUUUUACUCCAUUGACACGAGCAAUCAUGACAGGAAUCCCUUGAUGCUAGUGCACUUGGAGGAAAGGA